AUGCUUGACACAUAUCAGGGACCAUUCUGUACACAAAUCCUUGCUGAUUAUGGGGCUGAGGUCCUCAAGGUUGAAAAUCCAAAAGGGGGUGAUGACAGUCGCUUGUGGCGAACGGCAGCAGAAAAACAUGUUUGGAAAACCACUGGCAAAGACAUGUCUACAUAUUUUUGUGCGAUCAAUCGGAACAAGCUGUCUAUGACCUUGGACCUUAAACAAGAGAAAGGCCAGGAGAUUCUUUUUCGCCUUGUCAAAAAUGCCGAUGUGGUAGUGGAAAAUUUCGUUCCCGGAAAGAUGGAUGAGAUGGGUAUUGGAUAUGAAAAGCUACGAGAAAUAAACCCAUCGAUCAUAUAUGCAAGCGUAUCUGGGUACGGCGCUACUGGUCCAUAUUCCCAUCGUGCAGGUUACGAUGCCAUUGCCGCAGCUCAAGCUGGUAUGUUACACAUCACUGGCGAGCCCAAUGGACCCCCAACACGACCUGGUCUCGGUCUCACUGAUAUGAGCACCGGUCUUUAUCUGCACGGGGCGAUUCUUGCCGCACUUUGUGCUCGCAUGGAUACAGGUCGGGGCCAGAAGAUUGAUACAUCAUUAUUUGAGAGCCAGGUAUCGUUGCUUUCUAAUGUGGCUAUGUCAUGGUUGAAUGCUGGUGAACAUGCAAAGCGUUGGGGUACAGAGCAUCCGAGUAUUGUCCCCUAUCAAGCUUUCAAGACAAAGGACGGCUACUUGGUGCUAGGCGCUACAAACAACCGCCAGUUCCGAACUCUUUGUCAGUUGGUGAAGCUAUCGGAGUUGGCGGCUGACCCCCGGUUUGCUGACAACAGCUCUCGUGUCCGAUAUCGGGCCGAACUAAAAGAGAUACUUGAACCAAUCAUCCGCGCGAAGGCGACAAACGACUGGCUGGCUGUCUUGGAUGGUAGUGGAUUGCCAUAUGGGCCUGUGAACACGAUAGAAGAAGUGUUCUCACACCCACAAACCGCUGCAAGGGAUAUGGUUCAUAGUCUUCCUCACAAAGCGUCAGUGUCGGGGCAGAUCAGAGUACUAGCCCCUGUCAAGUUUAGCCGGACAAAGCCUCAAAUUCGACGAUCGCCGCCAAGUCUAGGAGAGCAUACCAAUUCCAUGCUCGAGGGAAUGGGAUUUUCCACGAAGGCGAUAGAGGUAAUGCGAGAACAGGGUAUUGUGUGA